AUGGGUAUUAUACGGCGUUUGGAUGAAGCAAAGCCGAUUCGAAUCGAGGAGCAUGAAGAGUUCAAUUAUGCUGACUACGACCUCAGCGAAUCUGACAAUGAAGUGGCUGAACAUAAGGAUAAAAAGGAAUGCAACACUCCUGUUAUGUCGCGAACGAGACGUCGUCGUGAAGAAAGAGCCGAGAAGAAAUUGCACAAAUUCCUCAACGCGCUCGACACAGAAACUCAAGCCAAGAAGAAUAUGGGAGCACGUAAACAGCGUCGAAUUGAGAAUGCUCGACUAUUGCUUUCUUUCGUCGACAAAGAGGACAUUUGCACGGACUUUACGGAUAUUGUGCCGCAAACGAUGUCGGUCUUUGCUCAACUUUUUGAGGAACGAGAGAACAUGAAGAUUUGGAACGAGUUCAUUUUGCUCGAAGAAGAGGAUCAGCGGCGCAUCUUGGAGAAUGCCGAUCGGCGCAACAAAAAUGAAACUCUACACGGAGAUGGAUGGGCAAUUGUUGGUGGUAGAAGUGCUUCAUCGACUCCACGUGAUAGUCGCAAGAAGAAUACGGAGUUAGAGGAGACCGUUGAAGAUCAUCGCAAACAUCACCCAGCUUACUCAGCCAAAGCAUGCUUUGAUCGGAUUGAUAACCGCCUCAAGCAAGUUCUUCAACAGCAAAAAUGUCUUCCAUGGGCGUUUGUUGAUAAAAUGGAGAAUCAACUACGAACGCUUUACACGGUCGACUCAUCUUCGGUUUGGGUGGGCAUUUGCGAGAGUGGCUUGCAUCGCAUGUUGGUUCAUGCGGUUUCUCAAUAUCUGAUGCUCACAAGUAAAAGCAUAACUGAUUCGGAAUCUCUUAAACGGAUGACAGAAGUGCGUAACCCUCGUGCCUAUUUCGUCCCGCCACAUGAUUUUCUGAUACCUCAUUUAGAACGCCUGAGGAAGAAGAAAAUUGAGUUUGUUCCUGAAGAUGACGAAGAAGAAAACAACGAGCAUCAAGAGUUUAACGCACCUGAAAAAAAAGUUUUG